UUUCCUCUCCCUCUCUCUCCUCUCUCUCUCUCUCUCCUCUCACACACACACUCUCUCUCUCUCUCAUAAAUAAUCUCCAUUAAGAAUCCAUCCCCCCCCACUGUUUUGGACGUGAAUUUGAGCAAACAUCACAGCGUUUCUCCAACCCAGAAAUCCAUCACUUCUUCCUUUCUGCCAUACACCCCAUACCCUCUCACACAACUGCCUUACACCCACUAAUUUCCCCUCCCCUUAAACCCUAAUUCCGGCGCGUAUAAAUGGAAGCCCUAAAUCCCCCAAUCCCUCCACCAUUCCAUGCACAUGCAUCCCAAUUAACACCAUCAUGUCCCAAUCCUCCGCCCCCGCCGCCGCCAAUUCCCCUCCCUCCGGCCGCCACCCCGUCUACCGCGGCGUCCGGAGACGAAAGAGCAGCGGCAAGUGGGUCUCCGAGAUCCGUGAGCCGCGGACCCCGAACCGCAUCUGGCUCGGCACCUUCCCCACCCCUGAGAUGGCGGCCGCCGCCUACGACGUGGCCGCCCUCGCCCUCAAGGGAAGGGAGGCCGAGCUCAAUUUCCCGGACACGGCCGGGACUCUCCCUGUCCCGGCCUCCACUUCCCCCCGGGACAUCCAGGCCGCGGCAGCCUCUGCAGCCGCCGCGGCUGGGGCCGCUCGCGACGCUGCUGAGGCGGCAGCAGCGGCGCGGGCAGCCCCAGAUUUCCCUGAGGGGAAUGGGGAGUUUGUGGAUGAGGAUUUGAUCUUUGAUAUGCCUAAUGUUUUGGUGAACAUGGCUCAAGGAAUGAUGAUCAGCCCUCCUCGGAUUGGAUCCACCGCCGCCGCCGCCACCGCCGCCGCUGACGAAGAUGAGUAUUUUGGGGAGGAUCAGAAUCUGUGGAAUUAUCGGUGAUGGAAGAGAAGAUUCCGAGACUACUGAAUAAGUUAUUACUACAUGUGUAAGUGAGAAUUAUGUAAAAUAUAAUUAUAUUGUGUGUGUGUAGAAAUGCAAUUGAAAUGCAGGAUGAAAGAGUGUGUUUCACGUUCUUAGUUUUGUGUUGCUUGCAAAGGAAUUUUCUACCCUAAAUUUCCACUUUUGUAGAAGGCUUUGUUCAUAAAUUCUGUUUUUUUACA